AUGAUCUCGUCUGCCAACAAGCUCUACCUCCGCCGGUGCCUCCGCUGGCGCACCCUGCGCCUCGUCCUCGUCCUCUUCUGCCUCGUCAACGUCCUCGACGUGCUGCGAGUCCACGGCAACCUGUCCCGCGGCGAGGGCGGCCGGGACACGCGGGGCCCGUCGCGGCCGCACGAACGCGUCUACAUUGCGAGCAUGCACUUCAACAACGGCGACGUGCUGCGGCACCACUGGAACGACGCCGUGAUACGCCUGACCGAGGUGCUUGGGCCGGCCAACGUUUUCGUCAGCAUCUUUGAGAGCGGCAGCUGGGACGACAGCAAGGAGGUGCUCGGCCACCUGGAGCUCGCCCUGCGCCGCCAGGGCGUGCCGCAUCGUGUCGAAAUGUCCAACCUGACGCACCACGACGAGAUCAACAGGGAGGAAAAGGGCGAGGGGUGGAUCGACACGCCCAGGAACAAGAAAGAGCUGCGCCGCAUACCCUAUCUGGCGCGGCUGCGGAACAGGACCAUCAAGGACCUGGUGGAUCUCCACGAGAAAGGCGUCACCUUUGACAAGGUGCUCUUCCUCAACGACGUUAUAUUCACGACCGGUGACGUCUUGACGCUCAUGGACACCAACAAGGGCGAGUACGCCGCGGCCUGCUCUCUCGAUUUCUCCAAGCCGCCGCUCUACUAUGACACGUUUGCGCUGCGAGACACGGCGGGCCGGGGCCAUGUGAUGCAGACGUGGCCCUACUUUGGCGAGAGGCAGUCGAGGAACGCGCUGGUAAACCACAUGGACGCGGUGCCGGUGAUGAGCUGCUGGAACGGCAUAGUCGUCAUGCCGGCCGAACCGUUUGUGUCGUCGACGCGGCUACGCUUCCGCGGCGUGCCCGACUCGCUGGCGCUGCACCACGUCGAGGGCUCCGAGUGCUGCCUGAUCCACGCCGACAACCCGCUGUCGCGGACCCUGGGCGUCUACCUCAACCCGCGGGUGCGCGUGGGCUACAAUCUGCCGGCGUACAAGGCUACGCACCGCGGCGGCGGCGCGUGGGUGUCUGCGUGGGACGUCUUCGCGGGGCUGUGGGCAAACAGGGUCAGGCGCUGGACGGCGCGGUUGACGCUCGAGAGGAUUGUGGUGCGGCGGCGGGUUGAGCGCUGGGAGCGGGAGAGGGCUGUGAACUAUGAGCCGGGCGUGUUUUGCCUGGUCAACGAGAUGCAGGUCCUGGCCGACAAUGGCUGGGCGCACGUGUAA